CCAACUUGUUAUUUAUCCCUGGACAGGCGCUACGUUGCAAGUUCCUGCAGAGGGAAGACAUCUCCGCGUCUCUUCAGCUCUCUAGAAUAUCCCGAGCUUCUCUUCGACUCCUUCCUGUCCUUCCUCCUCCAUGCUCCACGUCCCAAUGCGCGAGCACAGCACCUUGGACACCACCAAGGCCAUCAUCCUGGUCGGUGGUCCGUCGAGAGGCACUCGAUUCAGGCCAUUAUCGUUGGAUGUGCCAAAGCCCCUGUUCGAAGUCGCCGGUCACCCCAUCAUCUAUCACUCCCUCAAAGCUCUUGCCAAGGUUCCUGGCUUGCGCGAAGUCAUCCUGGUCGGCUACUACGACGAAUCGGUGUUCCGCGACUUCAUCAAGCAGUCCGCGACGGAUUUCCCCCAAUUCCGGAUUCAGUACCUGCGCGAAUACACAGCUUUGGGCACGGCAGGGGGCCUGUACCACUUCCGCGAUGCCAUUCUCAAGGGAAAGCCAGAGCGCAUCUUCGUCCUGAACGCAGACGUGUGCUGCUCGUUCCCUCUGGGUGAGAUGUUGAAGCUGUUCGAGGAGAAGAAUGCGGAAGCCGUCAUCCUGGGAACCAGAGUCAACAACGAUGCUGCCACCAACUUCGGCUGCAUCGUGUCUGACGCGCACACCAAGCGUGUCCUGCACUACGUCGAGAAGCCGGAAUCGCAUAUCUCCAAUCUCAUCAACUGCGGCGUCUACCUCUUCUCCGCCGACUGCAUAUUCCCGUCCAUCCGCGUCGCGCUCAAGCGCCGCGCCACUCGACCCCGUCUAGUCUCGUACCCUUCGUCCGAAGAUAUUGACUUCUCCUACAUCGGUGCCGAUGACGACGAGACGGAGCGAAGCGACUCCCUCCGUCUCGAGCAGGACAUCCUCUCCGACCUGGCUGAUAGCAACCGUUUCUUCGUCCUGGAGACCAAGGACUUCUGGCGCCAGAUCAAGACCGCCGGGUCUGCCGUCCCCGCCAACGCUCUCUACCUGCAAAAGGCCUUCCAGGCACAAUCGGAGGAACUCAUCCCUCCCUCCGCUACCAUCGUACCCCCCGUCUACAUCCACCCCAGCGCGACUGUCGACAAGACCGCCAAACUCGGCCCGAAUGUCUCCAUCGGCCCCCGUGCCGUGGUGGGCGCAGGAACACGCAUCAAGGAUUCCAUCGUCCUGGAGGAUGUGGAGAUCAAACACGAUGCGUGCGUCAUGCAUUCGAUCAUUGGAUGGGGCAGUCGUGUCGGUGCCUGGGCUCGUGUCGAGGGCACCCCGAUCCCCAUGACGAGCCAUUCAACCAGUAUCGUGAAGCAUGGCAUUAAGGUGCAGAGUAUUACCAUUCUGGGCAAGGAGUGUCAUGUCGGCGACGAGGUGCGGGUACAGAACUGCGUUUGUCUUCCGUAUAAGGAGUUAAAGAGGGAUGUUUCCAAUGAGGUGAUCAUGUAAAAGUCUGUUGCGUUUGAGGCAUCUAAUCUACUCUUUCUAGCUUAUCACAAUCCAUGUCACUAAUCUAAUUUAAAGAACUUGGAGUAUGUAUGGGAUGCGUUUCUAUGAUAAUCAUUGGGGAAAUAUAUUAUACUUUCACCAUGCUCUUCCAUAUAGCAAAAGGCUCAACUCUAAUCCAUACAAUGGUGAAUAAGAAAAAGCCAUCUAUUCGACGAUAGAUUGAGCAAUGCCCAUCCAAGUUAUGCAUUUAAAAAAAGCCAUCGAUAUCCAUAGUACCAAGCACGUGAAAACAUUGAACAAUGACAUCAGCGCAAUACACAGAUGAAAAAAGACCAAAAGCCCCCAAAAGAAAUCUAUAUUCAUUCAACAAAUCAUAGCUCAAUAAUGAUUCGAACCCGGAACCAGCCUGCUCGCUUCAGAAGAAUGACCAUAUUCACCGUAAUACGACUCGCUAUCCCCCGUAUCCGUACGGACAUGCCCACGACCACGACCGCGAGAACCAGCAUUGGAAUAUGAAACAGUCGCAUCGUAAUACUCCGCCGCUUCCCCGGCAUGAUGUCUCUCCGCAAGAUCAACGGUAUUAUACGGUUCCGCAGUGUGAUACGCCGGCGGUGGAGUCACUCUGGAGGGCUGGGCAUUAUGCUGCGCUGGAAGCGGCGAAAGUCUGUGAUACAGAUCCCCAUCAGAAAUAAGUGAGUUAUCGCUUUGCUCAUCGGGCUUGACAUCGCCGACAGACAUGCGGCCGUACUUCCCGCGAUGGGUCUCGCGGUUACGGGCGAUGACGUCGAGGAAGGCCGCGGUGAGAUGGCCCACGACGGCGAGAGCGGUGAAAGCAAACAGAGCCUUGUAGGUGCGACAGAUCCUGAUUCCGGUUGAUGUGCCCCAGUAUGCGGUCGUGCAGGAGGUCAUGAUGGUGUUGGCCAUGGCAUAGCUGAGAAGGCCUAGACAGAUGGCCCAGAGGACGAAGAGGAUGGAGUUGAGGGUGAGAGAGAAGCGGGGGUUGAGGCCAUGAGCGCAAUAGAGGAGAGUCGUGAGAGUGAUCUCUAUGAUGGAAAGGGCAGAGGCAGCGAUUUGCUUGUCUCUUGUUAGAUUUCAUUCUCUCUCUUUUUUGAGGUUCCGUUUCCCCGAGUACUCACCACGACAAACGGCCAGGGAAGGCUCAACGACUUGCUAUGCAGUUGCACGAUAAAGACGAUAAGGAUGAGGACGACAACAAUGGCGGACAGGAGGAUGAGCAGGCGAACGGCAUGGAAAGGAAACGGAGAGUAGAAAGACGGUUUUACUGAUCGUGGUCGCAUGGUGAGACUUGACGAUGACGAUGAUGAUGGUGAUUAUGGUGUCUCCGUCGGUGGAGCGAGUGGUAGACAAUGACUUCGUAUGAUAUCCAGGAGUUAUGAAGCCAUCUAGAUAUCACUGCCAGCAAGGAAAACAGAGCGGCACAGAAAGACAAGGAUCUGUCUGACUUGUUGCUGCCGAUCCAAGAAUAACAUAACCG